AUGAACGCAGCAGCUCUCUCCGUACGGCGGUUUGCGCUGGCCUCUAUACGAACGCGGACGGCGCAGUCUACGAGUCGGAUACAGACACAGUCUCUACGAUGCUCGAGAUUUCAGGUUCGACAGGCUCACACGCCGGCAGAGGACCCCAAUUGGACGUCGAUCGUGGAUAACCCUGCCAGGCUGGUGCGGACAGGAGGGAAGCACGGAUAUGGGUUGAUUAUACUAGCGAUCAUCCCUAUCACAGCAUUUGCUCUGGGUACAUGGCAGGUGCAGCGCCUCGACUGGAAAUCCGAUUUGAUCGCAAAGUACGAGGACCGUCUGAUCAAACCACCGCUGCCCUUACCGCCCGUCGUCGACCCCGAUUCUGUGGGUGACUUCGAAUAUCGAAGGGUGUAUGCAAAGGGCCGCCUUAGACACGACAAAGAGAUGUUGAUUGGACCCCGCAUGCAUGAAGGAAAGGAUGGAUAUUUGGUCGUCACGCCACUGGAGAGAGGGGAGGGUGAAAGCACAAUCCUUGUAAACCGCGGUUGGGUUGCAAAGACGCUCGAGAAACAGUCUGACCGGACGGAGGGCCUGCCGCAGGAGGAGGUUGUCAUCGAAGGGCUGCUGCGGUCACCGUGGAAGAAGAACAUGUUCACCCCCGACAACAAGCCAGAAGAAGGAAAGUUUUACUUCCCGGACGUCAAACAGAUGGCGGAACUGACGGGAAGUCAGCCGGUCUGGAUCGAGGAAACAAUGGUACAGGACCUUUUGAGCAUGUACAACAGAGAAGACAAGGGUAUACCCAUCGGCCGUGCUGCGGAGGUACACCUCCGUAACAAUCAUGCGCAGUACAUCUUCACCUGGUACGGUCUUUCGCUAGCCACCACCAUUAUGCUGGGGAUGGUGAUUAAGAAACGGCCAAACGAAGCGGUUCGACGCAUCCGUCAGAAUAAGAACUGGUAA